UUCUGGUGCCCCGGCCCCGCCGCGGCCGUCAGCCCCGCCGCUGCGUAGGGCCCCGGCCGCCGCGCCGCGCCGCCGAUGGAGCUGGAGGCGCAGUGGUGGACAGGACAGCUGGCUGCCGACAUCCACCAGGCGCUUCGCUACAAGGUAGCCCGGUGCGGCGGGGAUUCGGUCGGGAAGGAGGGUCUGAGCGGGGGACCUUGGUGGGCGGCGGGGGACGGCGGCGGUCUCGGUACCUUUGUGAAGGCUGAACAAUCGGAGCCAGCCCCGUGGCUGGAAGCGGCGUGGAAAGAGUGAGGCGACCGGACUUCGGUGGAGUUUGCUUUAUCCUCAGUUAAGGCUCAGGCUGUUUGUUCUCGGGCGUGACAGUUUCUGUGAGUGACCGGACUCCUUUCUGCAUUUAAAAAAGGACAGGGGUCACGGGGCGCUUAAUUCUUCUGUCUGGAUGUGGAAAUGGCUUCAAGUUUAAGCUCUGAGGAAAGCGUUGUGGAGCUGUUGGAACAAAAAUCUCCAAAAGCCAAACAAACACUAGGUGCAGCAAGAGUAGAGGGUUUAAGUAAUGCUGCUUUGAAGUUACUUCAGCUAACUCAAAGUUGCUCUUUGGGGCUGCUUUCUUAAUAAAAUACGUCUUAUGCCUGGAGCUGAAAAACAGUUUACAGUGGCUGAGCCUACUAAAAAUGCACUUUUGCUGCCUGAUAGUACUUGGAGCUGAAGCUGCCCUCCUACAAAGGACAAUCUCCGCAGUUACAUCUGAGAAGAUACUUUGCAGAUCUGAUUGCCAUUGUGAGCAAUCGGUUCAGGCUUUGUCCUGCUGCACGACAUCUAGCUGUGUACCUGUUGGACCUCUUUAUGGAUCGUUAUGACAUAUCUAUACAGCAGCUGCAUGUGGUUGCUCUUUCCUGUUUACUUUUAGCAAGUAAAUUUGAAGAAAAGGAAGACAGUGUUCCCAAACUUGAACAGCUGAACAGCUUGGGUUGUAUGACUAACAUGAAUUUGGUACUAACAAAACAGAAUUUGCUUCAUAUGGAGUUGUUGUUGCUAGAAACAUUUCAGUGGAAUUUGUGCCUCCCAACUGCUGCUCAUUUCAUCGACUAUUAUCUUUCUAUUGCUGUCCAUGAGACUGAUCUUCAUGAUGGCUGGCCAAUGGUUUGCUUAGAGAAGACUAAGUUAUAUAUGGCAAAAUAUGCUGAUUACUUUCUGGAAGUAUCAUUGCAAGAUCAUGCAUUUUUAAAUUAUGCUCCUUCUUUAGUUGCUACUGCAUGUGUAGCUUCUUCAAGGAUCAUCUUGCGUCUCUCACCAACGUGGCCUACCCGACUGCAUCAUCUUACUGCAUACUCCUGGGAUUUUCUAGUGCCAUGUAUUGAGCGACUAUUAAUUGCGCAUGAUAAUGAUGUGAAGGAAGCAAACAAGCAAAAAGGACAACAUGCUCAGUCUGCCCAACACACUGUAUUUCAGACCCCAGCUCCAACUCCCCAGCAGGCUAAUGCUCAACAGCACAUACCACAGUAUCUCCAAGCUCAUCAGUCUUCAUUACAGUAUCACCAUCAGGCAUCACAGCAGCAAAAGUGUCAACAGAUAUUAUCAUCUAAUCAUACAGCAUCUUACCCACUUCAGACUUGCCCUGCUGCGUUACAGUCUACUGUUCAGGCUCGAGGCCAUGCACAGACUAGUGCUGCAAUGUCACUUGCUGCUCCGCUAGAAGUGAAGCCAUGUAUAAGUGUCUCCUACAACCGGAGUUAUCAAAUGAAUGGACGAUAUUCCUGUAUUACUCCCUGCUUUGAGAGGUGAUAAGUACAGAAUAGUUUUGUGCUUGUUUGGGGUGGGAAGUUGUGUUGAGGGGAAUUGUUUUGGGUUGGGUUGUUUGUUUUUUUUUUUGUUAACCCUCAAAUAAGUUUGAGGGCAACAAAUCAAAUAAAAGAGUGUCUUUCUAGGAAAAAAGGCAACUGGAUUGACAAGCAGUACCAUAGGUCAAAUACAGACUUGCUACAAGCACACAGAACACCCUCCAAAAAGAACGUGUAUACCUGGGGGUAAUAAGUUCUUACUCUGGCACUCGGAAUACUCGGUGCUUCU